UCACUGCCUUCGUCACCGGAAAACAAGGAAGAUUACUGAAUAGCAGAGCCUAAAGCGACAAAAAUACAAUUAGCAGCAGCAGCUCAUCUAUUUCCAACAGCUACGGACUCACAGAUUAGGCCACUGCGUUCCCACCAUCCUUAGCCAGAAGCACCAAUCUCCCCAAGAGAUUGGUGCAUCUCUCCUAGGCAUGCCUUGAGAAGAGAGAACGGCAGCCAUCGCUUCAUCCUGUCAACAUGGGAAAUCAGGAGGCAAAGCAAAAGAAAGCUGCACCUGCAUCGGGUACUGGAAGCUAUCCUUCACUGGAUGAGGGAUGGAAAGAGGGAGGAGGGGACUUGACAAAAAAGAGGGGCAAGAAACUCUAUGGCAAGCAGGGAGGUAAAGGAACAAACACCAAUGGAGGAGGAGGGACACAUGGCACAGGACCAGGCAAAAAAAGAAAUAAAUCCGAUUCCAAGUCCUCAGUUUUUUCCCUCCGAAAGAGAAAAAUAAACCUGAAAGGGAAUGGGGAUACAUGCUCAUCAAUACCAGGCUCAAACGAAGAUGAUUUGGCAUCUCAACAUGAUGAGCUGGACAGCUCAAAAACACCUGACUUGUCUGCAGAUGAGUUAGGACACUCAGACACUGAGGUUGCAAUUCCCGAUAACAGAAGGAAACCAGAACAGGAAAGCAGGAAUACAGAUAGAAGAGGAGAGGAAAAGUCAGGGGUGCAACGGAAAGCCUCAACAGCAGCAACAUCACCCACAGAAGAAGGAGGGCAGAAGGGAGGUAGCUCAGGAUCGGACACCGAUAUCUACAGCUUUCAUUCAGCAGCUGACCAUGAGGAUUUACUCGCAGACAUCCAGCUUGCUAUUAGGCUACAGCAUCAGUACCAACAUGAUGUGGAGAACAAGAUCUCAGAGGCACAUGCAGGCGGAGGUGGGGACCUGAACUGGAGAGCAGCAGAAGAAUGGACCAAGAAAAGUAAUGGAUUAGAAAAAUUAACUCCUCAGGAGGUACUUGACAUGACCCCAGAAUUAGAGGUGGGCUCUGAUGCUCUGUCAUUCCUAGAGACAGAAACUCCCUGUUCUGUGGGUCCCACAGAACAGCCUCUUCUGCUGUCAAGUAGAGUGACACGCCUCUCUGUCCACACAGAGCUGAAGGGACAGGGGAAGGUCCAGGAAGGGGUGGGGCAUCCAGAGUUAGAUGUGAAGGGGGAGAAUGAGGGAGAAGCCUUUCUUUGUAUUGCUACAGGCACAAAAGACCAGCAUAUGGACAUCUCCAUGACUACUGGGGGUUUAGCAGGGAGCCCAAUCACUAUGGCAACCUGUGAUGAUGGUUCUCCAAAUGUCUCUGACAGUGGUGGUAAAUGUCCCAGAAGGCUGGAGGAAGCAGACCUCAGUCCCCCUCCAGAGAGCAAUAGUAAAAGUACUGAACCUGCAGAGGGACUGAGCUCCAGGGCUGUGUUUGAUGAAGGUGACGGUCAGUUAGGCUCAGGUACAAGUGCAGAGUCACUUGAGGACUGCCUGAUGGAUGGUUCCAAAUCCAACCAAUGUUCUGCUUUCUGUACCAGUGCUGACCCCUCAGACCAGCACUGCAGCAGGGGCAGCAUCUGCUUUAUCACACUCCCGCCCCAGGGGAGCCCAAAGCUGGCAAAGCAGCUCCUCAAGUCUACCCACUCCUCCAACUUCUACAGCCAUGUGGUGAAAUCCUACCCCACUGUCUUUCCAUCCUACAUCAAGACCACUACGCGACAGCUCAGUACCCCGGGACACUCCCCUGCUCUGUCUCCCUCUCAUAGCCCCCUGUCUCCACGCAGAGCCCACCUUGACAACCGCAGGACAUUGGUUGGAGAACACGGAACCCACAGACAACGUUCUCUGAGCCUUACUGGGCCCCUGAGCCACUCAGCUGACUGGACAGAGGAGCUUGAAAGAAGGCUUAGAGGCAGAGAGGCGGAGGGAGGAGGUUUAGGAGAGUAUCUGGGCUACAGAGGAGGAGGCAGUCAACCUAUCUGUGCAACCAGGAGAUCCUCAUGUGGACAGGUCUCCCUCUGUGCUUUUCAGGAUGUCUUCACAGGUCGCACGCUUCUCGAGAGGCUUUUCCUGCAGCAGCAGCAGGAGGAGCCAGAGGAGGCUGAGAGGCUCUGCUCUAAGAUCUUGGCCAUGGGUCUCCUGCUUCCUUUCACAGACUGCUUCAGAGAACAGUUAGGGGGCAGCACGGUUCAAAUCCCCUCCACUGCAUCAGCAAAGUUUGACCAUGACCAGCUGUAUACGUGGGCUGCGGUAAACCAGCCGCCACACUCGCUGGAUCUUCUAGAAGGAAAACUCGCAGGUCAGAUCAAGAGCCAGUGGUCUCCAUUAAGGUUAGGGGGAGACAACAGAAAAGGACCUAAAUCUGUGGGUGAAGAUCAUUAUGAAGCUGUCACAACAAGACAACAGGAAAACGAGGAAAGAUCAGAGGAGGAAUGUGUGUUGCCCUCAACCAAACUGAAGGAAAAACACGUUAAUGUCAUCCAGCAGCUUGAACAAACUAUAGAAGACCUCAGGACUAAAAUUGCGGAGCUGGAACGUCAGCCCCCUCUUCUGGAGGAGAUGUGUAUGACAACCACCACAACUACUAUCGACAGAGAAUGUGGAGGAGAAGAGGGCCUAAUGAGGUCUCUUUGUGAUGCUCAUCUGCAAACAGAGACAGGACCCUCACUAGGAUGCCAGGAGGUCAAGUCAGUGCAGACCUCGCCAAUGGAUGACAGCUUUAGGUUCAAAGUGCCUUGUAGAGGGCUGGAUGGAGGCUUUCCACAUCCCCCAUCCAAUCAUGAUUGUUCAUGUCAACUGAAGCCUUCUGCUUCACCUCUUCUGCCUCAAGGAGAAACUGCAAUACUUCACUCAGGCCUGAAUUUGGUCCCACCUCCUCCUCCACCCUUACCUGAAGGUUCAGAUACAGUGCCACCCCCUCCACUUCUGCCCUUUCAUCCACCUGGUUCAAAAGCUCCUCAUACUCCACCUCUACCCAGUGGCCUGGCUCCACCCCCUCCCCCACCUCUACCAGGACUUGCAGGACCACCCCCUCCCCCUCCGCCCCCUCCCCCACCUUUACCAGGACUUGCAGGACCACCCUCUACCCCUCCGCCCCCUCCCCCUCCGCCUCCGCCCCCUCCUCCUCCUUUACCAGGACUUGCAGGCCCUCCUGGUCCACUUCCACCCCCUCCUCCUCCUCCUCCUUUACCAGGACUUCCAGGGCCUCCCCCUCCACCCCCUCCACCAGGCUGUGGGCCUCCUCCUCCCCCCCCUCCACCAGGCUGUGGGCCUCCUCCUCCUCCUCCCCCUCCUCCACCAGGAGCAAUUUCUGUUCCCCCAAGUCUUCCAGAAACAACGGGUUCACUACCCCCCCUAUUGCCAGUGGGUCUGUUUUCUCUUGCUUUAAUUCAGGAGAAACCAGCCAGAAAAGCUGCAGUGGAGCCCCCCAGGCCAAUGAAGCCCCUUUAUUGGACCAGGAUCCAGCUCAACACAAAGAGGGACGUUCCUUCUUCGCUCGUGUGGGAGACGGUUGAGGAACCUGACGUAGACUUUGAAGAGUUUGUGGCACUGUUCUCGAAAACUGCAGUAAAAGAAAAGAAGCAGCCACUCUCUGACACCAUAACUAAAUCCAAGGCAAAGCAGGUUGCGAAGCUCCUGAACAACAAGCGCUCACAGGCUGUUGGAAUCCUAAUGUCUUCCCUGCACCUCGACAUGAAAGACAUCCAGCAUGCUGUCUUGAACUUGGACAACAACGUAGUGGACAUGGAAACCCUGCAAGCACUUUAUGAAAAUAGAGCGCAACAGGAGGAACUUGACAAAAUCGAAAAGCACAUAAAGUCCUCUAAAGACAAACAGAAUGCUAAGCAUCUGGAUAAACCUGAACAAUUCCUCUACCAGCUAUCUCUGAUACCAGAGUUCUCCAGCAGAGUCUUCUGCAUCCUCUUUCAGUCGAGCUUCUCAGAGUGCAUGUCUUCAAUCACAAAGAAAAUCAACACACUGUUAAGGGUAUGCAAAGUUCUGCAGGACAAUGCUUCGGUAAAGAAGAUUCUAGGCCUGGUUCUGGCAUUUGGUAAUUUCAUGAAUGGUGGGAAUCGAACAAGAGGUCAAGCUGAUGGAUUCAGUCUUGACAUCUUGCCAAAACUCAAAGAUGUCAAAAGCAAUGAUGGUGCAAAAAGUCUUCUGUCAUACAUUGUAGCGUACUACCUCAGACACUUUGAUGAGGAUGCUGGGAAGGAGACAUCUGUGUUUCCUCUUCCUGAGCCUCACGACCUGUUCCAGGUUUCACAGAUGAAGUUCGAAGAUUUUCAGAAGGAGUUGAUUCGGCUCCGGAAGGACCUCAGAGCAUGUACAUCGGAAGUGGAGAAGGUCUGCAAGGUGUCAGAUGAAAAUUACUUGCAGCCUUUCAAAGAGAAAAUGGAGGAGUUUCUUGCACAAGCUAAAAGUGAACUGGAGACCCUAGAAGCUCAACUCAGCAGCACUCACAAACUGUUCCUGGAGCUCACAAUGUUCUUUUCAGUGAAGCCCAAAGCAGGAGAAAAGGAGGUUUCUCCCAACACUUUAUUUUCCGUCUGGCAUGAUUUCUCCUCCGAUUUCAAGGACCAGUGGAAAAAAGAGAACAAAACUAUUCUCAAGGAAAGGUUAAAAGCAGCAGAAGAAUCUUUCAGACAAGCCAAGGAGAAGACUUCCUACAGUGUUAAACCUAAACAUGCUUCAGGCAUUAAAGCCAAGCUUGGCAUGAAGAUAUAACAUGGAUAACCUGCCAGAUCAUGCAAAUAGAACAGGAGGAGAUAAUGUGGAAAGCAGUGGAAUAUAAAGCUGAACCCGCUCUGGAUGUAGAGUUUGAAGUUCUUUGAAUCUUUUCUGCAUUUAAAUCACUUUUGUCACAUCAAGCACUGUUGUUUUAUGGUGUUUGACUGAUUUUUUUAUGUGCUCAACAAACACAAUCUAUAGUAUAAAUCAGUUCAGAUUUAAACACACA